UCCGCAACAUCAAUCAGCAACCACGCUAGCAGCCUGCUUUGUUCCUCGAAGCACAUUUAUCGCAGAGAGGCACCCAAUUUUGCCAACGUACCUAUCAUCACUAUGGCUACAUUGCUAAAGAGACAAGGAGACGUUGAGCACCACAAAAGACAAAAGGACCUCCAAGCGUUAUGAGGUGACUAGUGAGUAAAGGUCGUCUCUCGAGUAUGCUUAGCUUUAAGCGCCCCGGGAAUGCAAGUUGCACUUUUUCUGUUGUUUCGAUGUCAUUGUGUGUGAAGAAUGUGCACUGGAGUUGAUGUAGACAUUGUUCUUUAGUUCACUAAUUUGUGCAAAAAACCAUACCAGACGACGGUGUUGAAUCCACUUUUUUACUGCUGUUGGACUUUUCCAAUGUUUUGGAUUUUCCAGAAGCCAAAAACCUAAGCUGCUUCUAAAAAUUUAAGAGGAAGGCAGUUUUGUCUAAUGAUUCGUCCUUCUGGUAAAGAAAAGUGUUGUUCGAUUAAACCCGAACUCCAUUCAAUGGAUUGCGUUUGACUCUGUUUAACUAAGGUCGGAUCUGUUCGGUAAUUGAGCUCGCAGAUAAGUGACUGCUUGAGUUUGAUUACUGGAUGUUAGAUUAGCUAUGCCGGGAAACGUUGUAGGUUUCCAGACCUCUUCUCCAUCUCUCCUUUUCUUUUCUUUUUGUUUUCAGGGACGAAGUACUGAAAGCGACGUCACUCCCGCUUUUGCAUUUCGUAGUGGCUUGCAGCAAGAGACAUUGUGCAAGAGAAGCUGCUCACUUCCUGUUGCUCCUCUUUCUAUGUCCACAUACCACCGAGCAGGGGCCUGGAAAUACGAACCCUGGAGGUAGUCAAGGAAGUCUAUUGGAAGAACCUUUUACAGCAGCUCGUUUCACCAACAGAAACAUAAUGAUUUUGCAAAACGACAGAGUGAUUACCAUCUACAUACAGAAUUACAAGACCAGCAAGUACGCAGGAAGCGACACAGCUUCCAUACAGGUGAGUUGAAACAAAGACAUAAAAAGGACAGAAAUAUCGCAAUGUUAUGAAUGUUUGUUUACAGACAGCAUAUUCCAUCCGCUGCUAAGCAACUUAAAAAAAUCCACAUCAUUAAGAGAAAGAGCACAGAUGAAACAAUCCUGAAAAAAAUCUUUGACGCCUGAAAAAAAAAAAAAUAGAAUUCGCUGACAAUUUACUAAAUGGCCACUCUCUUUCUGCAGGUAGGCAGUGAACAUUGCAGGUCCUUCUGGCGGUAUGUGCCAGAAUUAAAAUAAGAACUCAACGCUGAAGAAAUGCAUAAGCAUAAGCAUAAGCAUUGUCUUUAGUUUCUCUUGGGAGUUAAAAUGGCCCCAAGAGAAACUGAAAACAAUGCUUAUGCAAAAUUUUGGAGUGACCAACAAAGAGUAUUAUGGUAUGUUAUUUCCUGGAGUGGUCAAUUGGGAGAACCUUUUGCAGCAGCUCGUUUCACCAACAGAGACAUAACGCUUUUGCAAAAAGACAGAGUGAUUACCACCAGCAAGCACGCACAAAGCGACACAGUUUCCAUACAGGUGAGGUUAAACAAAAGACAGAAAAAGGACAGAAAUAUCGAAAUGUUAUGGAUGUUUGUUUAUGGACAGCAUAUUCCAUCCGCUGCUAAGAAACUUAAAAAAAUCCACGUCAUUAAGAGAUAGAGCACAGUUGAAACAAUCCCCAAAAAAACCUUUUAACGCCUGGAAAAAAAAAUAGAAUUCGCUGACAAUUAACUAAAUGGUCACUCUUUCUGCGGGCAGGCAGUGAACUUUGCAGGUUCUUCUGGCGGUAUGUGCCAGAAUUUAGAUAA